ACUCAUUCUUGGCAAGAAGCCACGCAUUUAAAUCGAAAGCUACUCUAAAACAUUACCAGUAAUGGAAGAUCCAACGAUAUUUGUCGGACUUUCAAGUGAAGCUAUAAAUCGGAUUUUAGCAGGUGAUAAUAGGGAACAGAUCGCAAAUGACUUAAAGAAAUCGAUUCCAGAAGGACGUCUGAAAGCAUCGCAGAAUCCAUCAUCCUUCGUCAUGACAAUAAACAUGAACGGUCCCACCAAGGGAAAGGGAACUGCAGAGAAACGGAGGGAUUUACUGUCUAUUAUUCUAAAUUCCGGUUUCCCGCCCGAUAUAAUCUUCUGCCAAGAAAUACCAGGAAAAUUUGAAGCAGAAGUUAUUCCGGAGGGCUACGAUUUCGUUGUGAACGAAAAGGAGGCUGCAGUAAUAUGGAACAGCCAACACUUCGAUGGCUCAAGCGAUGGACUAAAGACGACAGACACAGAAAUAACCAGAUUGAUGGAGAGAGUGGAAGGAAAAGACUCUUCUGCGAACGGGCUGCUCUCCAGAAUAUCAAUGGUUAGACUAACGCCUAAACAGAAUGCGGAAGCUGACAUACUUGCAGUUUCAUAUCACGCGCCUUACAAGAUAGAGCAAAAACACAACGUUUGCCAAAUCCUGCUUUCAUUUCUUGAUGCAGUAUUGAAGCAGAAAGCAAUAAGUUCUUAUAUUGUUGGUGGGGAUUUCAAUUUUGAUACACGGGAUUUCGAGCCCCCUAAAGAUGUGACUGUCCCAUCUUACGAGAUGACCCCUCGAUCACAGGAGAAACAGGAAGAAUCAUCCAAGUUUAUACCUCAUAAGGACAACUUCAUGUGGUUCCCACGUAGAGUCUUGGAGGUGAGUUGGACAAGACCUAUUUCGUUUGAAGACGAGGACAAUUCUAACACUGAUCUAACCAAAGAGGAUCAUAAAAAGGUUAACGAAGCAAUGAACAAAGAGGGCACCGAGGCAGCCGAAGCGACAGACAUGUUGGAUCACGACCCUAUUGUAGGUGUCCUUGUUCUCUCUUCCCCGUCCAAAGCAGUAAAAAACCUCUCAGAAGAAUUCAAAGAUAUGUCGUUGUCAGGUAGUUCAGAAGGAGAGAAAGCUCAUCCAGCGACAGAGAAGCUAACAUAUAGCUGUUUUCCUUUAUGACGCUAUUCGGCGUCAUGUAAAUAACAGUCUUUGUCAAUAUUUCAUUAAUUCUAUGGUCGAGGUCGCUUUAGUCCCGAAACAAGAAAUAAUGCUAUUGAUACCUCAUGGAUAUUUUAAGCGUUAACUUUUAUUUUGGGUUAAGUAGUGUGAAUUGCAGUAUAUGUCUAACUUGCUGCGUGCCUCAGUAUUUUCACUUUGGGUGAUUGAAAUUUAUUAGUAAAUUUGACAUGUGCAUUCAACUAACAAAAUUGUGUUUGGCAUAGUGCCUGACGCAUUCUGAUUGUGAACCAAUCAAAAUCGCCAGUAGGGUACAAAACAAUGGCAUUUUUCUUAAUUAAUUCACAUUUAGCAACUUUUCGAGUUAGGAGCAAAUGUAGAUUUGGUUGUUCAAACUUUGUAACGUCUGUAGUUCGAUAUUUCGUAACCACAAACAGACCCUAAAUCAGUAUUAGACCAGUAGAUUCAAAUGAAUCGAGACCAGUAUUAUCCCUACUUACGUAAAAUUCCAAUUUAGACAUUUUGUAAUCUGCAUCUAUUUUAAAGUUCAACUUGUUAUUAAUUUUCUAACAUGUGUCAGUAUACCGAUAUGCGGCGUUAGAGACGAAUAUCCAAUUAGACAUGAUUUGAUGCUACACUGGUUUAAAGAUAUAAUGAAUGUAACCGAAAUUACAAUUCAUCGACCCAACGUUUCGACACACUGAUUGUUCAACUGGUUGAUGUGUGAACUUAAGUCUAUCGAGAAUCCAAUUGUUUAUCGCUUUACUCUAAAGACAACCAAAAUACCUGUAAUACCAGUCGUCGUCUUGUAGUGUAGUGGCUUAGACUAAUUGGCUUUUUAAAUCCGAAACGCUUUUAACACAUAUAUAGUAUAUUAAUCCCUCUAUAUAUAUAUUUAGUAUAAUUUCAGAGCUGAGUAAAGAGUUAUAUAUCUAUAUAACCAAAGAUUAUAUAUCU